AUGUCGAAUCUUGCAAAACUUGAGUUUGCGGCACUAGAUAUCACUGGGAAAAAUUACUUGUCAUGGGUAUUGGAUGCCGAAAUCCAUUUGGAUGCUAACAAUCUUGGGGAUACAAUUAAAGAAGAAAAUAUGACUAGUGCCCAAGAUAAAGCAAAGGCGAUGAUAUUUUUACGCCAUCAUAUCCAUAAGUCAUUGAAAAAUGAAUACCUCACUGUGAAAGACCCACUUGUCCUAUGGACCAAUUUGAAGUCGAGGUAUGACCACCAAAAAUCGGUGAUAUUGCCAAAUGCUCGUCAUGAAUGGCACAGUUUAAGAUUGCAAGACUUUAAGUCUAUAAGUGAGUAUAACUCAGUCAUGUUUAGAAUCACAUCACAAAUGAAUUUAUGUGGUGCUGAUAUUACUGAUGAGGAUAUGUUGGAAAAAACAUUUUCCACCUUUCAUGCCUCAAACGUUGUCUUGCAACAACAAUAUCGUGAAAAGGGCUUUACCAAAUAUAGUGAAUUAAUAUCAUGUUUACUUGUGCCGAGCAAAAUAAUGAACUCUUAA